CGCGUCAGUGCAUCUGUUAAUUCACCACGUUUGAGACUUUGACUGACUGCGAAUACUGUGAGUAUUUUGUUGUUUAUAAUGAGAAUAAGUGUGAAGAGAGGAAUUGAGGAGGAGAGAAUUGCUAGCUGGACUGGAGAGGAUAUUGAGAUAGGAGAUGUGACGGUAAUUGAUGAUUAGAUGCUAAUUGUUUGAUCUCCAGCACUACUUUUCUGUCUGAUAAACCGAAUACUCUGAUCGAUUAUACAAAAUGACGGUUAUGGAAGAAUUGCGCACGCGCAACUUUAGCUUAUACGGACAAUGGAUCGGAAUCCUGUCUAUCCUCAUCUGUCUCGCUGUCGGCAUCGCGACCAUCUUCACAUUCAACGUCGGCCUGAUCAUCUUCUCUGCCGUCUGCAUUGCCACCGGCCUGACAAUCAUCUUUGUCGAAGUCCCGUUCUUGCUUCGCGUGUGCCCGAUCUCGGGUAACUUUGAGCAAUUUGUCCAGAAAUUCAACAACAACAUCCCCCGUGGCUUCUUCUACCUCGGUCUGGCGCUGAUCCAGUGGUUCACGCUCUUCAUCCGCGGCUCCUCACUCAUCGUCGCCGCCGUCUUUUUGACAAUUACCUCGGCCUGCUACUUCCUCGCUGCCGCCAAGAAGCAGGAGUUUACUACCUCGACCGCGCUCGGCGGCCAGGGCAUGGCUCAGCAGAUUAUAUAAGUGUCUGGUCUUGUCUAAGCUGUAGUGUGGGUGGGAGGAAUAUCGUUGGUAUCUGUGAUGCUCAUGUGUAGCAGGCCGUGUAUUAUUGUUCUCUAUAGUUUUAGUGACACUACAUUUAUCUGCACAUCCUUAUAUCUGUAUAUCUGUAUAUCUGUAGUAUCCAUUUGUAGAAAUAAACAGCUUACAAUGGCA